CCCAAACUUUCUGAGGUGUGGGUGAGCAUCCCCAUUUUAUAGGUUAGGAAACUGAGGAGGAUAGUGAUAUAACAAAAUUUGAUUAAGUAUUAUUUGAAGGGCUGUCGUGGAAAACAGGGAUCAGGAUUGUUGUGGGGUUGUUCCAGAACACCACACAGACGCCAGGGGUGGGAGGGGGAGCGUUGGCCUCUGUGCAGUGUGCGAAGCACUUCCUGGUGAAUCACUUAACUCCAGGGGGGUCAGCAAGCCUCUCUCGCCAGCAGCCAAGUCCCUGCUGUUGCCACCUGUCAGGGAGGCUGAGGGGGAAAUCCUCGCUGGCGGGAAGGGCCAAGGUGACCCCGCUCCUUUCCAUUCUGCCUCUUCUGCUGAGUGAUAAGGUCAAGCAGCCAAGUGAACCGUGUGUCUCCUGUGGCUCAAGCAGCCCUGGGCAGGAAGAAGGCGCCUGGACUAUCACUGUGGGCUGUGCCAGUGGUGCUGAGUUACUGUCAGUGCUGCUGUAUGUGAGACGGUGGAACCAAACACCAAGCACAGUCCACUCUGCCUGGCUUCCCGGGGGAGGGAUGGAAAGAAAUGGAAAUUGCCUUCUAGGCUCCUGGACUUUUUCAGGAUCUGACCCCCCAGGCUGUGCCCCGGGCCGAUGACACUUCCUGUUUCAGAGCAGGUACAUAAUCACUUCAGGCGGUACGAGGUGGAAUACCUACAGUUUGCCUUUCGUUGGAUGAACAACCUGCUUAUGCGGGAGCUUCCCCUUCGCUGCACCAUCCGCCUGUGGGACACAUACCAGUCUGAGCCAGAGGGGUUCUCCCACUUCCACCUGUACGUGUGUGCAGCUUUCUUGAUCAAGUGGAGGAAAGAGAUCUUGGAUGAGGAGGACUUCCAGGGUCUCCUCAUGCUGCUACAAAACCUACCUACGAUACACUGGGGCAACGAAGAGAUCGGGCUGCUCCUCGCUGAGGCAUACAGGCUCAAGUACAUGUUCGCCGACGCCCCCAAUCACUACCGUCGAUAGGUGCUAUCUCCCCAUGGGGACCCAGACUGCCCCCGUCUCUGAUGGCAAUCUGAUCACUGUGGCCACUGUGCGAGCCGUGGACUGGACCAGGAACCACUCCUGCUGUAAAAAGCUCACAUCCGCCGCCCAGGUCUUAACUUUUUGGUGUGCCUAUCCACCACUCCAUGUCUCUGGAUGGGUCUCCUGGACCGCUGUCAGUAUUCCAUGCCACGUGCAUGGGCCAGCUCUGGGAGAGGACUGAAAAAGAGGUACAGGGUUGUCUGCCCCUUUAAAAGAAACUGGAGAAAUGAAGGGGAAGGCUCAGGGUCUUCACUUACAUUGACCAUCCAUGGACUGGCUGUCUCUUGCCUCCCAACCCCAACUGAUAUUGUUGCUUUUUGUGACAUAGUUUGAUUUGAUCACAGGUCAGAAACGCCUUAUGUUUUCAAAAUAUUCCUAGCCCCUCUCCCCUGUCCACGGUUCCUAGCCCUUUACCUGCUGCCCUGGUCUGAGCCAGUGAGGGGCAGCUUUUCAAGACCAUUGUUCUCAGAUGGAGGAGACACGGAUGCUUAUAACUGGGAAGAGCCUGUACCCAAGGGCUAGGGGUUUUAUUUCUCCUUUUCUCACUAGUAUGUGAGCGUGCGCUUGUGUUCAUGCGUGGGAAUGCCCACCCAACAUUGAGUUGCCUGUCUGAAUUUCUUCGUCCAGACUAGCCCAUCACACCAGCUGGGAAAGGCCCAGCGACCGAGUGUGCAAGCGUCCCUUGAGAAGGACAGGGCGGGGGAGGGAGAAGGGUCUCCUUACCUCUCCAAGCCUUUUCCAUGACGACCCACUCCAAGAUAUUAUGUGUAAAUUGUGUUAUUAUGUAUAUGGGUAAAGAUGUACAAAUAUAUGUCCUCUUUGUAGCAGAUAUGAUUUUAUAUUUAUAAUGCGCAUCAACUUGUGAAAGCAAUCCGCGUCACCAGCGCAGGUGACGUUGCCAGCAGGUUGGUUUCUGGAUGCCCUCCUGGGCGGGAGGGAAGUGAGUGGGCUGUGCUGAGCAGAUGGAGCUGCUGUGAAACCAGAGGCAGCCAUGCUGAGCCUCAGUGUCUCAGUUGUUUUUCCUCCCCUCUGACUCCCCUCCCCGGCCCUGGUGGAGCCUCUGCCCUGCUCCUUCCUGCCUUCAGUCAGAGCUCCCCCCUCUUCACCCUAGCCUCCCAGAGAGAGGACCACAGAGGCAGAAGCCCUUCUGCAUGUUUGUAGCCCCUGCCUUUCCCCCAGAAUCGGGGAGGGCUUUUGUUUUUACAUUUGUAAGUCAGCAUUGUAUUCAGGACAGAAGCUGUGACUGACUGUCAGUGCCAAGGAAAGGGGUUUCCUGUGUGUCCCUGGGGUUUUGGGCUCUUCUCAGAGGGAGGCAUUUGGUGUCCCCACCAUUGUGAUCACAUCCCAUCCAGCUCACGAGAUGUGUGACUCCUGUUCGAUGUUUGGCAUUCGGUAGCGGAGCAGUGGGGGAUGGUGGCAUGCAGCUGUCAUCUUCUUGGGAAGCCAAGCCGUGUCCCAGGGGUGACACCCUGGUGUCUGCCAGCAGAGCCACUCACAGGCGUCUUGUCUCUCAUCUGGAGCUGUUUCUCAGGCAUCCUUCCUAACCCUGCGCCCUCCCCGCCGUGUGCCUCAGUCUCCUCCGCAGAGCGGGCCCGGGGCCCAGCCUCAGCUGGACUGAAGAAAGACACUUAUGUUCCCAAGUGGUGGUUUUAUUUUUUUAGUUUUUAUGUUUGUAUGGGAAAUUGUGGGUAAAGUGAAAGAAUUGUAAAUAAAGAGUGGAUUUCCUCCUCCG